AUGAUGGCCGAUAACUGGGAGAUGGACGACGCCCGCAACGAGAGCUGCUCCAUCCGCGACCCGAGGAGCUCGCGUUGCGAGCAAGGGUCAGUGCCGGUCUACGCGGUCAAUGUUAGUCACGUCUUCCAGGUGGAGCUUGCGGUGGCUUUCGCUAGCAAGCACAACCUUCUCCUUGUGGUAAAGAACACUGGUCACGACUACCUUGGAAGAAGCACUGCGAGGGGAUCGCUCAGCAUUUGGAUGCAUCACUUGCGGGAGCUGCGCUUUCACGGUGAUCUUGGCUGUGAUCAAGCAGAGCAUUGCGACGAUCUAGGGCUAGAUCCAGCGGCGUAUGUGACGAUUGGAGCUGGAGUGACUUGGAACCAGCUCUACGAGGCCGCGCUGGAGCACAGGCGCGAUAUUGUGGGAGCUUCGUGCCCGUGGGUUGGAGCUGCCGGUGGAUUCGCACAAGGUGGCGGGCACAGCUUGCUCUCUCCAGUCUUUGGCCUCGCGGCGGACAAUGUUGUGGAGCUCCAAGUUGUGACGGCUGAUGGGAAGCGAAAGGUGGCGAGCGAGUGCCAAAACGAGGAUCUCUUCUGGGCGCUCAGAGGUGGCGGCGGAGGUACGUUUGGAGUCGUGGUUUCACUCACUUACAGAACGUAUCCGGCUCUCGAGAACGCAAUCUUUGCGAGCGUGAAUGUGACUGCCAAAGAUCGCCCCAGUUUUGAGACGCUUCUCGAGGAGUUUGCACGGAUGAAUCCGGAGCUUUCAUCUGAUGGCUGGUCUGGUUUCUUCAAUGUCGGCAACUUUUCACUCUCCUUGAGAUACGUGCUUCCAAACAAGACCUUGGCAUUCGCUCGCUCCAGCUUGAAUUUUCUCCUCGGCUUCCAGCACAACCGGAUUCAAACCCACUAUUCUCUCAAAUCCUACGCAUCCUUCUACGAGCUCAUUCAGCAAGCACUGUGCGGAAGCGAUCCAAGCUGUCCCAACGUUGGCGGGCUGGCAGGGAAUCCAGUUCUUCCAGCUUCACGUCUUAUCCCAACUCAAGCUCUAAACUCUUUCCCAACCAAAGUCUCUAGAGCACUCGCGAAGAUAGCUCUCGACUUCCAAGUUCCAAUCGUGGGUGCCUUCGUCGCUGGUGGCCAAGUCUCUGUGCCUCGGGACAGCGCCGUGAAUCCCGCCUGGAGAGAUUCGCUGUGGCUCGUCAUUGUUUCGGUGAGCGCCCCAAGAUCACAGAGAAAAGAGGCAGCGACGCUGGUCUCGAGGGCCAACAAGGUGUUGAUCGAUAUCACACCCGGAUCUGGGAGCUACAUGAACGAGGCCGACUACAACGAGCCACACUUCCACAGAUCGUUCUUUGGAAGUCAUUACAAGCGGCUCUACGAGAUCAAGCAGCGCGUGGAUCCGGGAGGGCUCUUUGUGUGCCAUCACUGCGUAGGGAGCGAGGACUGGACCCAGGAUCUUAGAUGCAAAACCCAGUCAAACAAAGAAUGUAGGGUUCUUGAGGAUGAGGGCGCUGCUUUCCCUGGUGCGCCCAGCCUGUGGUUUUGUUUCUCGAGCGAUCUCUCCCUCUCGAUCGCGCUAUGCCACUCAUCAGAUCUUCACUGCAUCGGCCAGAAACCAGCCAUGGGGAUUCCGUGGAUUCACAUCGUCGAGGAUUCUGGGCACGGUGUACGAGGACGUGAGGAGGGAGCUACGGUGGAAGAAGCGCAAGAAGCUCAUCAGAUUGGGGCUCAAGAAGAGGAAGAGGAAGAAGAAGCGCAGGGGGAAGGGGAUCUGGGCGGAGCCUUGCAAGGCGGAGCAAGAGCGGCAGAAGGAUCACUCGCGCUGCAUCAUCGCGCCCUACGCCGACGCGCAGAUGUGGCCCAGGAUGAGCUGCGAGCGCGACCGCCGGCACGUCCUCAAGGCCUUGAACACUACGCUCGUCCACUUCGGCCAGAUCAAUAG